AUGAAUGAGCAAUCAGAAGCAGAAAAUUCACCGCAAGUAUACGAUGCUGAAGGUGGUGGUGGAAGUUUAAACAUUGAAGCAAGCGCUGCAACAAUCGAACGUUUGCGCCAAAUUUUGGAACAUCGAGAAUCGACUAUUGAAGAUCUGCGACAAACAGUGGCAAUAUUAAAACAUAAUAAUGCGGAACAAAGUGACGAAAUUACUCGCUUAAAAGGUCUAAACAAUAAUCAUAAGCUCCAAAAUCCACUAAUCUCUUUACCGUUUGAACUUAUGAAGAUGAUCUUUUAUCUGUGUGAUGCUCUUACACGGUGUCGUAUUUGCUGCAUUAAUAAAAGAUUGGCUGAAGAAUUGAGCAAUUGGGCCGAUGUUCAGCAUCUUUACUUGACAAGAGUACCAACUGAAGAUGAAGCAAACAAAACUGUUGUAACGCAUGCCUAUCAGGCUCUCACCAAUUCUCCUACAGUGGGCGUAAUUCGUACUACUAAAGCUAUCCCAAUGCUUUAUAAUUUCCGUCUUAUUUAUACUUUGAGCGACUUCCUCACAUUACCAAAUCUUCGUACACUCCAUAUUCGAGAAACGCUAACCUUAGCUGAUGUUCCACCAUUGGAUAAAAUUUGCGCUCCAAUUGAAGAUCUUCGAAUUUGCACACAUCGAAUGCGUAUCCAACAGUUACUAAUCAUAUGUCGAGCUUUAGCAAGCACACUGCGACGUUUAGAAUUGUUACUAACUGUUAUCAUACCAGAAGGAACUGCUACAGCUGAAAGUCGCAGUGCUGCUGUUAUUGAAGUUGCAGAAGCAAUGACUGCAAUGGAACAUUUAAAUCAUUUAACGCUUGCACGAACUUUUUUUAAGCCUUCAACAAGCGAACAAAUAUUUGGGCUAUUGAAAAUGUUUCAUUCGUUGUCAACAAUAACAUUCGAAGCAUUGAUUUUAAAUGAUUUCGUACAACUUGCAAAUGUUCAUCUGCCGCUAUCAGUAAAACGAGUGGUAGUAACAGAAUCAAUCAAAAUCGAUCCUUCCUGGUAUCCACUUAAUUCUACAUCCGUGGAAUUCUUUGACAUUUUCAACGAUGAAAGAAUGCCUAUAUUACAAGAUGCGUGUCGUAGGGUACGACGUGAAAUCACGUUCCAGCUCGGCCGUCUUCGUGGAUUUGGGCCAGCAACUGUAAAUUUCCAACUGAGUCUUGUACGAAUUUUGGCCAAUAAGACGUCACCGUUGCGUUUUGGAAAUCGAAAAGGCGAUUGCCGUGUAUUUCUUUGGAAAGGACGUAUUCUUACACGUAAGGAAUACUUGAAAAUGAAUGAUAUAAAUGGCGAUGGGAGUAUGUGA